CCGAGGAGGAGCAUCCGCGCCUCGAAGGUGGCUCCGCGGAAAAUGUUUUGUUAGCCCCGAAAACCGCCUACACGUCGGCGUCGCGUGCCGUUCAGCAGCGACGGGAUGGAGGAUCUGCAUUUCUUCGUCGCCGCCGUGUCGGCGACCGUUGUCCUGCUCGCCGCAUUCGUCGUGGUUGUGUUUAACAGCGUCGCGUGGGUGCUCGUCGUCGCCGGCGUCUACGUGCUCGCCAGCCUUUACGCGGUACAGCUGGCGCGAUGCGUCGACGAUCUGCUGACGAGGUUCAACAUCGUGGACGGCGGAUGUGCGACGAGAUGCGAGGUCGCGGACUCGUGCAGCGUCUGCAGCAAGGACACCUGCAAGAGGCACAAGCUGCCGCCGCAUUCGACCAAGGUCAAAGUACCGAAGGACUUUGACCACGCGUUGGAGCAACUUCUGGAGGAGGUGCUGCAAAUCUACGUCUGCACAUGGUACUCGGAUUUCUCGGCGAACGAGGCCUUCGUACAACAGCUACGUCUGGCCAUAACGACAGCGGCGAAGAAUAUCGCCGUUCGCUUGCUGCGCGCGGACACGGCCACCAUCGCCUUCGACGGCCUGAUCCCCUUGGCCAUACAACACGCUCAGGAUUGGAGCGCGCUGGUCAAGAUGUCCAAGCACGACGUUAAAACGCCCCAGGAUUACGUCGAGAGCUGCUUGAGCUCCAAGAUCCAUCCAGCUGCCUAUUCUAGAGAGGCUGAGCUCGACUAUCUACGGGGUCUGGUCACCGCGUUGCUGCCGCACUUGCUACCUGCCAUACAUGUCUCGACGAACAAUAAAGUGAUGCUGCGAGAAAUUUUAGCAAACUGGGUACUACUACCGGCAAUCGAUGCGCUCGCGGAUCCAGAAAAUAUAAAUAUGCUAGUGACACUGUCCACUCAUCACGACACCAUACUGUCUAAUGCCGCGGAGACUAUUGCCGUACCGAUAUUGCAGUCUUGGGUGACAGUUCCAGCGAUGCAUUCGCAUGUCACGCACAGUUGCUUCAAACCGUCUUUAAAUGAAAUUCUGAACGAUCCUGAUUUAUUAUAUAUGUUUAUGCAACACAUUAAAGAAUCCGGACCCAUGAAUCUCCUUCAAUUUUGUUUAGAUAUUGACGAGCUCAGUAAACGCAUGUUAAAUCCGGAAAUGUCGACUAGUGCUGAAAAAAGCUUAUACACAGGCGUUCGGAAUAUGUACACGAUGUACCUCGAUCCCGAUGGUCCGGAAUAUUUGUACUUACCGUUGCACAUAUCGAAAGGCAUACGGCAAAUACUGGAAGGUGGGCCAGAAAAAAUUCAGGAAUUACGGACAUCACGGCCCUUUUAUCAAGCUCAUCAAGAAGCGCACGCGCUCCUAGAAAGCACUUGCCUACCAUCGUUCCAUCAUAGUUACCAAUUAUAUAAACUCUCGUGCGGUCACUUAACCGAACAAACAAAAGCUGCCGCAGCAGCCAAUAGCGCAAGUGGAGGUACAGCUACUCCUAUACGAUUCAAUAAUCAACUCGGCAAGGUUGACGGUGUCUUACGCACUACAGUGGACGGUGCCCCGUUCCAACUGCAGGACGCCUAUCCGGUCGAAGAAGUAGACUGCACGGCUCGAGCGUAUAACGAGAUCAAAGGCUUCGGCGAUAAGAGCCAUCGCGACUUAACGACGUGGCGAGUCGCCGUCCCGCACGUGGACGGCGGUGGCACGCAACCAGUGUACAUGAUUGCCAUUCACAGCGUGGCGGAGGCCAAAUCGUGGACGGUCUUGCGGCAAGAUCAAGACUUCUACACGCUGCGGACGCGACUCGCCGAGUUCCACGGUGACAAGGAAUUGUACGACUCGCCGUUACCGUCGCGCAAGAACCCGCACUUGCCCGUCGCAGCUAACCGUCAACGUUACGAGGAGUUUCUGCAGAAGUUGCUGUCCAAGCCGAUGCUGAGGAGCAGCGAGCUCCUUUACACCUUCCUUACGACCCCGAACUUGAAGCCGUAUUUUGCCAACUACAGCACGCCCGACAUUGGCAUUCUCUAUCAGAGCGUGACUUAUAAAUUGCGGAAGGAGAGGGGACAGCAUCUCGAUAAAUUUAUGAGUACCUUCUUGGCGUCCACGAACACGAAAUACGAGCACAUGGACAUGGGUGUCGAGCCGUCGAGCGAGCAUCUCGGCGAAACGGAGAGCAAAGGUAGGAAGCUGGUGGACGAUGUAUUCGGCAAUAAUUUGGAUCUACCGGCCACUUUCCAAAAUUUGCCGUGCAGUCUACCGCAGCGCGAUCACAUGAAAGGUGCAAGUUUGUGCAUCGUUGAAGCUCUUGAUGGUCUACUGAGCGUACCACCGAUUAUUUCGCGACUUUUCUGGAUGUUCGCCUUUUUAUCGCGUGAGAGGAUAGAUCCUAUUGUGAACACGGUGUUCUACAACACCCUAGUUAAGCUUCUGAGUGGCGGCCGCGCUUCCAUCGUCGUCAAGCUUCUACACGCGAAAAUAGUGGGCAAAAAUUACAUGAAAGACUUUCCCUCGCAAGGAAAAUGUCGAAAUUACUACGAAACAGCGAAGGAGGGACUGCAUUCCUUGUGGCGGUUAGUGGGAUUUUCCAAGCCUUGGAACAGUCUCAUGGAUUCUCUCCUGGAUCCUUUACAAAACGCGUCGUUCAAUAAACAUCUAGCGUAUGUUUUACUAGAUCACCUCCUCGUAAAUCUUUUUCCAGAAGUGACUGCAUAAUAUCGUUCAUUGACGAUCAUAAAAACGAAUAAUUGUAUAUAAUGUUAAUUCUGCAAAGCGGCUUGCAUAUACGUUCGUCCCUCAAUGUGGUUUUUUUACAUGGUUGAGAAUUGCAUAAAUGAAGUCCGCUGGUACAAAAAAGUACAAAAAGAAAAGUGUGUAUAUUGUGAGAAUAUUUAUUCCACAUAUUUGCAUAAAAAAAACAACGGAAGUUCAGAUAAAACUUAAAAUUUAAACUUAAAUUUUAUUUGCGUUGUCGCUGCCAGUACUAGACUUCAAAGCGGUCAACCUUUCUUUUUAUACUAUUCUUAUUACUAAAACUUUGGCGCCUCUGUUCAGUUUCAUCAUCAGUGUGUCUCUUUUAAACGAUAUAUUUUCUGUCCGCGUAAAACUGAGACUGCGUAAAUAACGUAUCGCGUACACGGAGGGAUUAUUUGCCGCGCAAAUCGAGGAACGAGCGUAUAUAAAUGUUUCUUCUUGUAACAUUACGAUUUUAUAAAUAAAAAUUCUUAUCGAGAUUCA